GUACAUCCGCUAUGAGGAACAAAAUGGUUGCGUAGUUUUGACGACGAAGAAACGUAAGUUUGUAGGGACACUCUUUUCAUUGAGAUCGCUUUAAACUUAGUGUCCGAAUUUUUUGGACAAACAAAAUGACUGCAAUACCUGGCACUGUGGCCUUUGAUGAAUAUGGUCGGCCUUUUAUUAUCCUCCGUAAUCAGGAAAAGCAAAAACGUCUAACCGGCAUUAAUGCUAUCAAGUCACAUAUUUUGGCAGCCCGUGAUGUAGCCAAUAUUUUGAAAACCUCAUUAGGUCCCAAGGGCCUUGACAAGCUAAUGGUCAGUUCUGAUGGCGAUAUUACUGUAACAAACGAUGGGGCAACAAUCUUAAAAAAUAUGGAUGUAGACCAUGAAAUUGCAAAGUUAAUGGUUCAGUUGUCUCAAUCUCAGGAUGAUGAAAUUGGAGAUGGUACUACUGGUGUAGUUGUCUUAGCAGGUGCUCUGUUAGAACAAGCAGAGCAAUUAUUGGACAAAGGAAUUCAUCCAAUUAGAAUAGCAGAUGGUUUUGAAAUGGCAGCAAAAUGUGCAACAGAUCAUUUAAAAAAGAUUGUACAUGAUUUCGAAGGUAGCCCUGACAACCUGGAACCUUACAUAAAAAUUGCAAUGACUAGUUUGGGUUCAAAAAUCAUCAACAAGUGUCACAGGCAAAUGGCAGAAAUAGCUGUAAAUGCUGUAUUUGCAGUUUUAGAUCCUAUUGCCCGUGAUGUGAACUUUGAAUUAAUAAAAAUAGAAGGGAAAGUUGGAGGCAGAUUAGAAGAUACUGUUCUAGUUCGUGGUGUUGUUAUUGAUAAAGACUUUAGCCAUCCUCAAAUGCCUAAGAGGUUGGAAAAUGUCAAAUUAGCUAUUUUAACAUGCCCAUUUGAACCACCUAAGCCAAAAACUAAACACAAGCUGGAUGUCACCUCAGUCGAUGAUUAUAGAGCGUUACGUGAAUACGAACAAGAAAAAUUCACCGAGAUGGUGAAAAGGGUUAAAAAUGCUGGUACCACACUUGCUAUUUGUCAAUGGGGAUUCGAUGAUGAAGCAAAUCAUCUUCUUCUUCAAAAUGAAUUACCUGCGGUUAGAUGGGUUGGUGGUCCAGAAAUUGAAUUAAUAGCUAUUGCCACGGGUGGCCGUAUUGUUCCUCGCUUCGAAGAAUUAACAUCAGAAAAACUUGGCCACGCAGGCGUUGUUAGAGAAUUAACAUUUGGUACUACUAAAGAUCGAAUGCUUGUUAUUGAAGAAUGCAAAAACUCUCGAGCAGUUACUAUUUUCAUUCGCGGUGGGAACAAAAUGAUUAUUGAAGAAGCAAAACGAGCUAUCCACGAUGCACUGUGUACAGUUCGUAAUGUAAUAAAAAAUGAAAAGAUCUUAUAUGGAGGAGGCGCUCCCGAAAUUUCUUGUGCCCUUGCGUGUGCAGAGAAAGCCAAUAAGAUCAGCACCUUGGAACAAUAUGCCUUCCGUGCAUUUGCCGAAGCUCUGGAAGCUGUACCAAUGGCACUUGCUGAAAAUUCUGGUCUUUCACCUGUAAAUACUUUAGCUGACAUUAAAGCAGCACAGUUGGCUGAAAAAAAUCCUGCCUUUGGCGUAGACUGCCUAAACCAUGGUACUUUCGAUAUGAAAGUCCAAAACGUUAUCGAAACAUUAACGAGUAAAACACAACAAAUUCUAUUGGCUACACAACUGGUCAAGAUGAUACUUAAAAUCGAUGACAUACGUUCACCAAAUGAUGCCGGCGAUGCUGCCUAAAUUGCUUAUUUUUUACGUCGAUACUUGCACUAUUGGAUUUUUUAACAUUUUUUCAUUUUCGCUUUGAGCUUCAUUCACGUUUUCAAUUAAUAAUUGUAUUAAAUUUAGUUAACUUCUUGUCAUCGUCAUAAUUUAUGCGUCGGCAUGACUAAGUAAAUAAAUAAUUUUACUUUCA